AAAAUGUGCUUGCCCCACUGGGAUAUCGACCAAGAGUUUUGCACAACCGUGCCACCAAUGAAGCGUCUCGCCCAGGUCAGCGCCUCGCACGCCUCCGCUUCGGACGACAAGCCCGGAUAAUAUCAGUCAUUGCGCUUCGGACGAGCUCUCACACGGCCAUAUAGAGGCGGGCAGAGAGGUAGCAAACGGAUACGUUACCUCGCGCGCGACUAGAUGGCCAUGGCGCGGCUCGCCGGCGAUCAACAGAUAGCCCGUAUCAUCGGCGGAUGAAGGUCCCUGGAGAUGGCAGCGCUGCGCGUGAUUGGCGGAGCGUCACGGGCGGUGGUGGUGCAAUUCCGGUACGUAUCUGGCCGAGGCGCAGGGGACGGGAGACAUGAACCCCACCCCGCGAAGUCCAGGGCGGUGACAUCAGCAUUGGAUCGGCCCUGAUCCGCCAUCUGUCCACUAAAAGUUGAUGACUGAUGCCUCGGAUCUGCCGCGCGCCCACCGCCGGGGACCGACAUCAUCACCACCACCACCACUUUCCCCCACGAAGCAAGCAGCAUCAGCCACUUCCAUCCCAUCUAGCGCCCCGUCGGCGCCUCAACGUUGCCGCGGCUCCGUUCGGUUGCACCACAGCCAAGGCACCGCACCACAGGGUACCAUACCUGUAGUGCAGUAUACCUCGUCAACGCUGUUACGUCUCUUCCUGCGCGCUCCUCGACGUCUUCGACUUCUUGCCUACGAUCACCGUAUCUUGUCCCGCCGCCCGCCCCUGGGCCAUCUGCCCGUCCAGAAUGGGCCUGUGAGCUCGUCUUCCCCGCCCACCGACCGAACUCUCCGACCCUGCAGCCCCUCGUCGUUGCAGCAGCGACGAAGACGACGACGACAAAGAGAUGGCAUCGCAGGUACCGACAACGCUCGCCGAUGCGCCAGCGCUGCCGCCCGGCGCCGUGCAGGCCCUCGCCACGCCGCGACCUCCCGACGCGCCGCGGCGAUGCUUCAUCUGCCUGACCGACGAGGAACCCUCGGACCCCCCCGGCUCCUGGGUCGACCCGUGUCCCUGCACGCUCGAGGCGCACCAGGACUGCAUGCUCUCGUGGGUCACCGACUGUGAGCGCUCCAACAAGCCGCUGCAGUGCCCCGUCUGCAAGUCCGCCAUUGAGCUCGAGGGGCCCUGGGACCUCGUCGUCGCAGCCUCCGACGCCGUCCAGCGCCGCUUCACCCGCGCCAGCCCCUUCCUGCUCUUCACCGGCGUCUCCAUGGGCGUCCAGUUCAGUCUGCAGAUGUACGGCGCCCUCGCCCUGUGGACCUUUGCCGGCAAGGACAGCCUCAUGCGCUUCAUGCUCGGGCCCGAUAUGAUUAUUGACGGUCGCACAUCGGGCAAUGCCCGUUUCAUCAAGGAGCGCAUAUGGAACGCCCUCGUCAUGAUGAACAUAGCCCCCACCCUGCUCUUUUCCAAGCUGCUCCCCGGCCUGAGCAACAAGAUCUUCCUUCCAGCUGCUUCCCUGUACGGCAUGUAUCAUGUCAUGCACGAAGACGACUUCAUGACAUGGCCGCCCUCGCCGCAGCUCGCCGUGGCCAUAUUCCCAUAUAUCCGCUCCGUCUACUUCAACUUGUGGAAGGAGUUUGUACUGCCGUACGAGACGAAGCUUAAUAGGCAGCUCCUCGGCUUGCCUCCGCUCCAGGAAGGACAAAAUCUGCCCCAGGGCCAGAACCCCGACCAGCAGGCCGCCAACAACCGGCAGCGCAACGCGCAGGACCGCAACGCCGAUGGGGGCCUAGUUGGCCUCCUGCAGGCUGUCCUCGACGCUCUAGAUCCCGAUGACGAGCCAGAGCACCUGGCAGGCGCCAACGACAUCAACCGCAUCGAAGCUUUGCAUGAGGGCGUUGACGCGCUCGAUGACGAGCAAGGGGGCGAGAUCAUGGUCGAGUUGCGGAUCGAAGAGGUUGAGCUGGACGAGAACGGCGACCCGCUGGUGCAGGAGCUGCCGCCGCAUCCGUUCGAAGACGAAGAGCCUGAGCCUCACCCGGGCGCCUGGGGCGAAGACGCUCCGCUUCAUGCCGAGCAUGAACAGGCCGAGCCGGCAGCCUUGGGCGGCGCCCAAGACGACCAGGAUCAGGACCAGGGCGGUCACGAGGUGCCCCAACCGCCGCCACGCAGGAUGGGUCUCUCCGCCCUUCUGUCCAGCGUGUCCAACGCCAUCGUCGGCGCGCUCAUAAUGCCGGGCAUCUCAUACGCCAUGGGCGAGGCGCUACGUCUCGUGCUGCCCAAGGCGUGGACGAGCGUGGGCCCGCGCAACCCGUGGUCGCGGUACGGCAUGGUGGGCCGGCCGGGCCUGCUGCAGCAGCAAUGGGGACGAAGCCUGGUGGGCGGGUGUCUCUACGUCGUGCUCAAGGAUGCGGUGCGCGUGUACACAAAGUCGCGCCGGGUGGCGGCCAUGGGAAACCGCCGGGUGAAGAAUGUCGACCGCCGACGGAGGGACAAGUGAGGCGGCUGCGAAACUUGUUCUCCUUUAUCAGGCUGAGGGCCUUGUAUGUAUCGAUAUCGAAAACGUGGUCCGCGUGACGCAGUCUGGGGGGCAUCAUUUGCUUGGUCAUAGAAGGGCGAGCACAACACAUGGGCAGAGCGAGUUUUAUAUACUACAAGUGCGACAACGUUCACCUUGAUGGGCAGCUAGUCCCUGUGCGGCCGCGGCACUAGGCUGUAUAGGAGGACUCUACGCUGAAGCUCUACGAGUCGCAUGUGGCCAUCGGCAUAACUAGCCGCCGCGAGCCUUGACCUACAAGCACAUACGUCGACUCUGGCCCGCCGAUCAUCGGCGGUCCGGGAUUGAUUCGUGCGGGCCAGGUGAAGAUGUGAUGAUAGAUAACACCCCCUUCCUGUACGAAUUGCGGCCCUGAACCGAACCAAACCAACCCCCCCUUCGUCUCUCUAGCUAGAGUUUUGCGCCGUCUUUGCCGCCGCGAGGCCCGUCCCUCGACGGGAGCAGUUCGAAGCUGCGCACGGGAAGGUCGAGGAAUUGGAAGAUCUGAUGGAACCUGCAGAAAAGGGGUGGAGCAACGUCACCCCUCAAGUCAGCACACGUUCCCUUCAGAUCGAUACAAGUCUUCCUCCCCCCUCUCCCUUCCUUCUUUCCUUUCCAUCCUCUGUAAAAAAAAAAAGGGUGUAAAAAAUUCACACAAAGAUAAGAAGGGAGGGGGGGGGGAUGGUUGCGGCCCAGCGCACCAACCACCCCGCGCGGUGGCGGUGCGGUGGUCAACAGCGAAACAAACAAACAUCUCUCGCUCUCUCACCUGUCGCUCCCAAAGAACGGCUCGCUGCGCGCCGCCUUGUUUUCGUUUUUGUCGUUCCGGACGAUCAUCCAGGGCACGCCGAACGCGCCGGCCGCGUUGACGGCCUGGGAGGCGUGCUUGAGCAUGGUCUUGUACGUGUCGCUGCGCUGGUUGGCCAUGAUGGCUGCUACGUCGUCGGGUGUGAAGAGUGUUGUCGCCGCAUCUGCCGCCGUGGUGA